AUGCAUAGCUCCUUUUCCAAUCCCCACCUUGCCCCACGUGGCGGCCCACUGAUAUUGCUGGAUUUAUGCACCAAUUUAUCAUCUCCCGCCUGCAAUGCGCAGCUACCUACCCCCCCCCAAUCAUCGGUGGACGAAAUUGCGGUAGUUCAAGCACUGUACGACGAGUACGCGGUUAUCACAGCUGAUGACUAUGAAAUACUUGGGAGACAAGGUGGGAAGCCGGAAGACGUAUACGAUUCUCAUCAAAGUUUGGCUUCUAGAAUUGUGAAGAUCGAGCAUAAGGUCGACGCAAUCGAUGUCAAAAUCGAUCGGCUCGUGAGCCUAUGUAGGACCGAUCGAUCGGGAUUUCACCACCUAGGCACAAGCAAUCAUAGACGUUUACCAGCUCCGCCGGAUACAUUCUCACACUAUCUGCACCCGAAAUGUGACGACCUUGAGGAUCAACUCCAACCCUUAAACGAGACGGUCGACCCCGUUUUGCAUAGCGCUAAAAUUCCAGACACCCAAACAAAUCUUCCACCUGGAUUUCAUCCCGCCCCUUUAGUCACCCGUUUUGUUGUGCCGAAAGAACAACGGUCGGAAUCGAUAGACACCACAGUAACAGAAUACAAAAACCCCGAGACAUCUUCUACUGUUUGUGUUGAAGAAGUCAGCCCUCAACCAGAAGCACCAAGUCAUCAUGUCCUUCGACAAUGCACUUCACUUCCCCCGGCAACUCAACCGAUUAUUACGGCUUCUGAUGCGGUUGGUAGUCAGCAUUUAGUGGCAGCUCAUGGUCCAUCCACAACGAGGAUGGUUCGAAGUGAACAUCACCCAGGUGUGAGCCAGGCGACUGGCGAAACGAGUCCCAGCUGGCGGUCUACUGACUGUUUGCCCAGAACCACCGCAACUGAAUGUGCUGCACCAGGCCGCCUCAUGUUUCAGUCGCUACGAUAUUUGAAAUAUCGCGAUACAUGUAUAUUUGUAUACGAGGCAGCGACGUGCUGCAUAUUGCGGAGGCGUUGUCUGUCCUUGAUCAACGCUGACUCGCGCUGUCUGGGUUUGGUGCAAGGCUGUGACGCGCUGCAUAUUGAGGGGGCGUUGUCUAUUUGGUUAACAUCUAGCGCACCUGAGAGUCUCGGUAGAUUUUGGGCAUUCUGUGGUUGCUUUCAGGAAGCUGACCUUCCUGAUACUAACCAUAAUAAUUCUAUUCAUUUAUUGCUGGUCCAAAAAAUUUGGCAAAAAUCAAAUUCUGCCCAGGGGAAUUAUCUAUUAGCCACACGAUCGCCGUUGAUUGGAAGAGCUUUCUUCCCGAAGUUUGCUCCUGACGGCUUUCGCAGACUCCAACAGUCAUCGGCGGCCCAGGUCUACACGUCGAGAUCGAUGAAGCGCUAA